AUGGCGAUUCAUUUUGUCGGCAUACCGGCGCUGCCUCCAGAGAUUGCGAAGAUGCUGAGGGAGAAUUUGGUCAUUGUCGAAGUGAUUAUCAUGUAUACCAUAGGAGCAUUUACGGCUCUUGAGGUCGGCAUCUCCUCUCUCAACCUCUUCAAGCGCCACCGCGGUCUCUACUUCUGGAGCAUGCAAAUUGCUGCCUGGGGUAUCGUGCUACAUACCAUUCCCUCACUGGUGAUGUUUGUCAACCCUAAAAACAUACUCCCUUCAACCAUCAUUGCCUCCAUCGGCUGGGGAUGUAUGGUCAAUGGUCAACCUUUGGUCCUUUACUCGCGCUUGCAUCUCGUUGUGGCAGAUAUCUCCCGUUUUCGCUGGAUCCUUUGGAUGAUAAUUAUCAAUGCAUUCAUCAUCUAUGUCACCAUGGCCACCCUGGUUUUUGGCUUUUCCGUCGGCCAUGAGAAUUUCGCCCUUCCCGCCUUCAUUUGGAACCGAACCCAUGUUUUUAUCCUCCACGCACAAGAUCUGAUAAUCUGCGUAAUUUACAUUCGCGAGGCGCGUCGGGCACUGGGUCCUAUCAUGGCGAUUCGAGGCAAGGAAGGCAAAAGGGUCAUUAACCAUCUCAUCAUCAUCAGUGUGAUUGUUAUUCUUCUGAACACCCUUGACGUCGUGAUCACAUGGAGAGUCGCCAUUUUUGCUGCUCCCAUGAAAACAGUCAUCUAUGGCCUGAAACUGAAACUCGAAUUCGCCAUCCUCAACCGAUUACGCUCUUUCCUCUCCUCGCACACCCCUUACGUCUUCCAUGGAGGUGGUCAUGGGCGUGGAAACAGACACGACCUGGAUGAUUCCAACUCAACAACUUAUCGACGCCAUUCCAGUGAUCUGAACAUCUACAACAUGGUCAACGCAGACCAUCGACCACCAUACGACGGGAUGUCCAGCAUGCCCACACCAACACCAACACCGGGUCUCAAUACCUUCGAGCCAGACCCAUUCGCGAGUUGCUUCCAGGUCUCCAUGGCAAACUGCGAGCCAAGGAGAAAGAGACAGCAAGAAACUCAGAUGGGCAGCACGCCUGAUUUCCACGAGGUUAGUCUGGAAGCCUCGAACGAGAAUGUAAAUCUACCCGCUUCGCCCGCGCCGACUGUGGCCUUGUAUACCUCGCCUGGAUCAUCUCGUUCCGAGUGGUGCUCCAGUGAUAGAAAUACGCGUGGCAGGAUCGGGUCUUCCGAGACAAGGUCGACCAUUGAGGCGGAGUUAUUGGUGACGCCGAAGUAG